GCAUGCGCGAGCUUCCUCUCCCUUCAGAUACUAUGAGCGGUGGUGUCUACGGCGGUGUCACUCUCGAUUGUUACGCUAGACGAGGUAGGCGCUAUCAUCUUCGACGUCGGACACCAGAGCCUCCGCGUGGGAUAUGGCGGCGAGGACACGCCGAAGGCCGAGAUCCCGACGACCCUCGGGGUGUGGGAGGAACCCGCGGAUCCCGGCGGGAUCGACUGCAACAAUGUCACCAGGAAACACUACAACAUCGACGUCACGGCUAUCCAAGUGCGAAAAAAGGAUAUGGAGAUAGUGAGUUUAAUGAAAGACGGCAUGAUUGAAGACUGGGACAUGUUUGAACGACUCACGGAAUACACGUACAAGCAACGACUACAUGCCUUAGCAGAACAUCAUCCGAUCUUGAUGACCGAGUGUCCAUGGAACACCAGACUGAAGCGUGAGAAGUUGCUGGAGCUGAUGUUCGAAAAAUUCAAUGUACCGGCCAUGUACAUCUGCAAGAACGCUGUGCUAGCUGCAUACGCCAACGGCAGGUCCACGGCGAUGGUCGUGGAUAGCGGUGCCACACAUACCAGCGCGGUACCGGUUCAUGACGGUUACGUUAUCACCCAAGGAAUUGUCAAAAGUCCAUUAGGCGGCGACUUUAUCACCAUGCAAUGUAGACAAUUCUUCGAGGAGAAGGACAUCGAAUUGCUACCGGCUUGUCUCGUCGCUAGCAAAGACGUAGUGCGAGAGAGAGACCCACCACGUUGGACGAGACGAGCCGGACCUCAACCGACGUCUUCUUGGCUAAGCUACAUGGUUCGAGAAGUGCUGCAGGACUUUCAAAUGAACUGUCUGCAAGUAUCGGACAGUCCGUACGAUGAAGACGUGGCGAAUACUCUGCCCAUGAAGCAUUUUGAAUUUCCGACCGGAUACAACGACGAUUUCGGAUCCGUGAGGCUUAUGAUACCCGAGGCCCUUUUCGAUCCCAGCAAUGUUAAGGGCGUAGGUGCGAGUAUCUUGGGAGUCGGUCCUCUCGUCACCACCAGUGUCGGGAUGUGCGACAUGGACAUCAGACCUAGCUUGUAUGGCAGCGUAGUUGUGACCGGUGGCAACUCGUGUCUUCAGGGUUUCAGCGAGAGAUUGAAUCGAGAUUUGGCCAGCAAGACCCCACCGAGUAUGAGACUGAAAAUAAUUAGCGCGAACAGCUCGAGCGAGCGUCGUUAUGGUGCCUGGAUUGGUGGUUCGAUCCUCAGCUCUUUGGGCUCAUUCCAGCAAAUGUGGUUAUCACGUCAAGAGUACGAAGAAUCAGGCAAGCUCAUUUUAGAAAGAUGCGCAUAAUUCAGUAAAGGAGAAACUAACGAAACUUGAAAUAAAAGCUCAAAUUUUUCAAAUUAAUUAUUUUUUACUUUGGAUCUGUUUGAAUAUAUUUGAACAAAAAAUUCGUGCAUGUCAUUUAGA